GGAAGUGGAUCUGAUACAGUGUUGCUUGGAUAAAAGAAUCGGAUCACUAGGAACCGUGAAGCUAAUUGGAAGGGAUAGCGACGCUACCUAAACGCGAAAUAGUGUUAAGGGGUCUGGGGUGAUCUUGCUAGCCAGAUACAGCUGCCACUUCCAGAGAGGAUUACAGGAACUACGUUAACCCGUCCGAAGAAAGGAAUUUUUUUAUUUGGCUGUGAAACGUACACGUUCAUUGAGGAGGAGGAGGAGGGGGGCACUUAGCUAUUGUUCUAGCUAGCUGGCUAAGCGGCUAGUUUUUUUCGUGUGUAAAUUUAAUUUGGCUAUAUGGCUACGAAUUUCGAACCCAUUUACGGACUUUCUGAAGAUGAAGAUGAUUCCCGAGUUCUUCGCGUCAAGGUUAUUGCAGGCAUCGAUCUGGCAAAGAAAGACAUCAUCGGAGCCAGUGAUCCCUACGUCAAGCUCUCCCUCUACGUUGCAGAUGAAAACAGAGAACUUGCCUUAGUCCAGACGAAAACCAUUAAGAAGACUCUGAAUCCAAAAUGGAACGAGGAGUUCUAUUUCAGAGUUUGUCCACAGAAUCACAGACUGCUCUUUGAGGUCUUUGAUGAAAACAGACUGGCCUACAUUGCCCACGAUCGCACCAAGAAUGGGCUUUUCCACCUGGGACAGACCAGAGAUGACUUCCUGGGGCAGGUCGACGUUCCUCUUAACCAUUUGCCGACAGAAGAUCCCACAAUGGAACGGCCGUAUACUUUCAAGGAUUUUCUGCUCCGUCCUCGAAGUCACAAGUCCCGGGUGAAGGGUUAUCUCCGGCUAAAAAUGGCCUAUUUACCCAAAAACGGUGGGCAAGAAGAGGAGAACAGCGAGACGAGGGAGGAGGCAGAGGGUUGGGAGGUGGCGGAUGCGGCCGACUCUGGGUCCCAGCGCCAGCAGCAGCUCCUUCCCCCUCUGCCCCCUGGGUGGGAGGAGAAGGUGGACAACCUGGGCCGAACCUACUAUGUCAACCACAACAACCGCACCACGCAGUGGAAGAGGCCCAGCAUUGUGGAUGUGGCUUCGGAGACGGAGAACGACAAUCACAUACGGCAGAUCAACCAGGAGGCCCACCGGGUCUUCCGCUCACGGAGGCACAUCAGCGAGGACCUGGAGAAUGAGCAUAUCGAGCCGCGGGACCUGGACGACGUAAGCGUGACCUUCGACCCCAGGUCCUGGGAGCCGAUCUCCGAGGAGGAGUCCAACCUGGCGGCCGAACCCCUGCACCAGUCCCUGUCGGCCUCCGCGUCGCCCACGCCCGCCCCGCAGUCCAGCCCACAGGAGUUCUCUGAGGAGAUCAACCUGCGCCUGUCCCUCGCCCCCGACGCCAACGGGGAGACCCUCGGCCACGGCUCUGCUGUGCAGAGCCAGCUGUCCUCCAGGCUCCGCUCGUCCAGCAUGACAGACGGGGUCAGCGACCAGGCGCAGCCCCCUCCCCCAGCGAGCACCCAGACGAGAAGAACGAGAGCUCAAACUGUCACAGGCGUUGAAGAGCCCAUGUCUCCGUCGGCGUCGUACGCCUACACCACCCCCGGCCUGCCGCCGGGAUGGGAGGAGAGGAAGGACGCCAAGGGCCGCACUUACUACGUCAACCACAACAACCGCAGCACCACCUGGACGCGCCCCAUCCUGCAGCACACGGAAGACGGGGCCAGCACCUCUGCUGGCGCCUCGGGCUCCGCCUCCGCCUCCGCCUCCGCCUCAGCCUCGGGCUCCGCCUCUGUCUCCGCCUCCGCCUCCGCCUCUGCCUCCACAGGAACCGCCAACAGCCACCUGGGCGAGCCCCAGCUCCGCCGGCCCCGUAGCCUCAGCUCCCCCACCGUCACCCUGUCGACCCCCAUGGAGGGGGCCAACAACAUCCAGGUGCGCCGGGCGGUGAAGGACACCUUCUCGAACCCGCAGUCGCCCCAGCCCUCGCCCUACAGCUCACCCAAGUCCCAGCACAAGACCACUCAGAGCUUCCUGCCACCCGGCUGGGAGAUGAGGAUAGCGCCCAACGGGCGGCCCUUCUUCAUCGACCACAACUCCAGGACGACCACCUGGGAAGACCCGCGCUUGAAGUAUCCGGUCCACAUGAGGACAAAGGCCGCCCUGGACCCCGGUGAUCUGGGCCCUCUUCCUCACCUGCUAGAGGAGCCCGGCUGGGAGGAGCGUGUGCACGCGGACGGCAGGACCUUCUACAUCGACCACAACACUAAAAACACGCAGUGGGAGGACCCCCGGCUGCAGAGCCCGGCCAUCACUGGGCCUGCUGUGCCGUAUUCCCGAGAGUUUAAACAGAAAUAUGACUACUUCAGGAAAAAGUUAAAGAAACCGGCGGACAUCCCCAACCGGUUCGAGAUGAAGCUGCACCGGAACAACAUCUUCGAGGAGUCGUACCGCCGCAUCAUGUCCCUGAAGAGGCCCGACACACUGAAGGCGCGGCUCUGGAUCGAGUUCGAGUCGGAAAAGGGGCUGGACUACGGCGGUGUUGCCCGCGAGUGGUUCUUCCUGCUGUCCAAGGAGAUGUUCAACCCUUACUACGGCCUCUUCGAGUACUCCGCCACAGAUAAUUACACCCUUCAGAUCAACCCCAACUCGGGGCUGUGUAACGAAGACCAUCUCUCCUACUUCAAGUUUAUUGGACGGGUGGCAGGGAUGGCCGUGUUUCAUGGGAAGCUGUUGGAUGGCUUCUUCAUCAGACCGUUCUACAAGAUGAUGCUGGGUAAACAGAUCACACUGAAGGACAUGGAGUCUGUGGACAGUGAAUACUACAACUCCUUGAAGUGGAUUUUGGAGAAUGACCCCACUGACCUGGACUUGCGCUUCUGUAUCGAUGAGGACAACUUUGGCCAGACAUAUCAGGUGGAUCUGAAACCCAGUGGCUCAGAAAUGAUUGUCACAAAUGAGAACAAAAAGGAAUACAUAGACCUUGUCAUCCAGUGGAGGUUUGUCAACAGGGUCCAGAAGCAAAUGAAUGCCUUUUUGGAGGGUUUCACUGAACUCAUUCUCAUCGACUUGAUUAAGAUAUUUGAUGAAAACGAGCUGGAGCUGCUGAUGUGCGGUCUGGGUGACGUGGACGUGAACGACUGGAGACAGCACACCGUCUACAAGAACGGCUACUGCCCCAACCACCCAGUCAUCCAGUGGUUCUGGAAGGCUGUGCUGCUGAUGGACGCAGAGAAGCGAAUUCGGCUGCUCCAGUUCGUCACAGGGACGUCACGGGUGCCCAUGAAUGGCUUCGCUGAGCUGUAUGGAUCCAAUGGGCCACAGUUGUUUACCAUUGAACAGUGGGGAACGCCAGACAAGCUCCCUCGAGCUCACACGUGCUUCAAUCGGCUGGACCUGCCCACCUACGAGUCCUUUGAUGACCUCCGCGAGAAGCUGCUCAUGGCUGUGGAGAACGCCCAAGGCUUCGAGGGCGUUGACUAAAGCCGGCCGACACACGGAACAACAAGCUGCCAUUUCGCCUCGAGCCACAGCAACCACAGAUAUGUUUAUGUACGCAUGCGUAUGUACACAUACCGGUAGCUGUGGACUUGAGGACAGCUGUAUAGUGACUUAAGUCAGUGAACAAUGUCUUCUAUGCCCUUUUCUCUCUGUGUUCCUGGGAGACAAAAGGAGUACAGAGUACAAUACCCUGUUUUUAUCAGCAAUGCCAUGACUUAUAAGGAACCCCUGAUGCAUUUCAGUAACUCCUUUAUUUAUACUGUGCUGUUGAAGGCAUGGCCUUGAAACUAUUUUGCAUUCUUUAUUAACUGCAAUGAGCGAGAUUAUAAUCAAUCACUUUUACAGGUAUUGUAUGACACCACCCAGUUACCUUAGCAAUGAUAGCAAAUCACUGAUGAGAUUACCAACUUCAUCCUCACAAUACAAAUCGUUCCUUCUCAUAGAAUAAGGCAUCUCCACUGGUGUAGUUUUUUUUUCCACAAGGAUUUUUUUAAAUCUUGUUUUGCAAGUCCAGAAGGAACAGGAUGUUCAUAAUCAUUUUUAGAUAUUUUUUAUUAUUAUUCAAGUUAUGCAGCACAAACUGUAUUUGUACCAGUAACAUGUCCUCUAUUUUAGACGUUUUUUUUGUGUAUCCUAAGGCUAAAAUCUGGCCAGCGGAAAAUAAAAAUGCAUAUCUUUCUGUUGAAAUUGAAUAACACGGUUAUUGAAGUGCUAUGAAAACAGCAUGAACAUGAAUUUUGUAUCUGAAAAGGCUUACAAUAACACACGGCAGUAAUUAAAAGGAUAUUUUCCUUUAGUUAAAAAAAAACAAGAAAAAUAAGGAGAGCAAAUAUACAUUUGUGGGAGGGUUUUGACGUGACAUACAUUAUAUAAAUAUUAUUAUACUUAUAUCUGUUCGUAAUGCUGUAAAUUAAUUUCUUAAAACGUUUGAAUUUCUUUGGUUAUGUAUGUACUACAUCUAACAGAAGUAUUAAUGAACGACACGUGAAAAUGAAGCUGUAUGUAAGAAAGCUGUGAUUGUCACUGUUUUAGCAGCAGAUUUUUACGGGAACGGAUCCGUUUCUCUUUAUUUUUUCGCCUUUUUUUUUUCCUUCCUAACAACAAUAAACCAAAUGGGCACUUUACAAAUCACAUCAAGGUCAUGUCGCCUGUCGUUCGUCCCCAUUAUUAACUUGAAUGUGAUUGUUUUUUUUUUUUUUU